AUGGAGCAUAAAGUCUUCUUUACAGCUCCAGCUCAACAUAUGAAUUUCUCAACAACGAUUCCUGAUGAGGUAACACCAACUACAGCAUGCGAGGAAACCGUCAUCGUUGACCCUGAUGUGGCAUCUACCUCCACCCACCAGAUGCCCAAAAAGGGGAUUUUAAAACGAUCCUCAUCACAUAGUAAUUUUCCUCGUAAGGAUGCUGUACAACGAAAUGUAACUGGACAAGUCUUCGAAUUUAAGCAAUCUUCCGAUCGAUUAACUGAUCGACCAACUACGAAAAUUCCGAAAUUAACGCUUACCUGGUCUGAAAAAAAUGCAGUAACUAUUUAUGGUGACACAACAUCUGACGACGCAACAACCGAAACGGACGAUAUUCAAGUUCCAAUAAUCGCUCCAAUCUCAACCACUCAGAAUUUAUCACAAUCACAACCAUCUGCUAAACUGAAUGAAUAUUGGACGAAAAUUGCUGUGCAUGCAAAACAGAAGGAUAUGAAACCGGAACGACAAACAGCGAUCCUAUACGAUGAAGAUGAAAAUGAAGAUGAAGUGAUGAUGAAGAAUGAUGAGGAAGUACUGUAUGGUGAUGAUGAUGAUGAUGAUAACGAUGAUGAUGGUGAUGAUGAAGAUGAAGAACUUGCCGAAGUUAAUAAUGAUAAUCAACACCAUGAUAACGUUAAACUGCAAUCAAAUGCAGUUAUUGGCAAUUCACACAUAGCUGGCAAAUGGUGGUUCGGCAAAAGCACUAAAAAUGUUCCGCACUGUGCCAAAUGGGGCUGUUCUCACAGUCAUCGUGAUAAGGAAUCUACUGAUAAUGGUGAUAAGUAUUUGACACCAACACAACAACGAUUCAAAGAAAUUCAUCAUCUCAGGAAACAGCUGAAGCUAGCAUUGGCUAAAGUGGAAGAGAAAGAUUUGCAUCUGAAUGAGUUACGUGAUAAGUUACGUGAUUUGGAAUCAGCUAUGGGUUCCAUGAAUAGCACAGAUCGACAACAACAGCUCCUGCUCCAGCACAAAGAAUUUAAUGGAGAUUAUGAACGUGAGAAGCAGAAACUUAUCGACAACCAUGAGAUCCGUGUGCGACAAUUGAUCCAGGAGGCAAUUGAUGCACGAGCGGAAAUGAUGAAACUACAAGUCGCACUGAAAGACCAUGAAGAAGUAAAAGUUAAAGUUGAAGUUAGAGAUGCCGAAGUGAUGACAGAAACAACUGAUGACAUGUUAUAUUCUCCGGAGCCACCACGAACAUCAUUCUCAUUUCCUCCUUCACCUCAGGCAGAACAUGCUGCAGAACUUCGAAAUGUGCCCAUUCCACAGGACUUACCUCUUCAAUUACAGGCUUAUGAGAAUGAAGCAAUGGCAUGGAGAAUGAAAGCUGCUCAAUUGGAAAUGGUACUUAAGGAUCAAAUAAUCAAAAUACAAAAACAAGGCAUUACACCUGAAUUGGAAAAGUAUCGAAAUGAAAAUGAAUACCUGCGAACGUAUAUCAAAAAUAUAGAAGCGAAUACAUCAAAUCAUGUAAUGGUUGAUUGCGGUUUUCAAGCAAAUCUGAAUCCUGUUUUGUCAACAAUCACCGCCGAUUGUCACUUGCAACACUGUAAAGAGCGCAAAAAACAUCUUACGGAAGAGAAUCAACGCCUUCUUGAGAAAAUUGAAGAAGAUAAGUUUCGAUUAAAUGAAUAUGAAGAAGAUAUUAAUUUGUUGCGUCAUACUGUCCACUCAAUGGAAGAGGAAAAUAAGAAGAAUUUCCUUAUAAUGGAGCAAAUGUCCAAGGAAAUUGAGGAAAGAACUGCUGAAGUGGAAGCAGCCAAUAUUGCAGCUGUACGAUUGCAGAGCGAAGUGGCAAUCAAAACAAAAGCCAUUUGCUAUUUAGAAGAACGCCAUCAAAUUUAUCGUAAUACAAUUUUGGACAAUCAUUUGGUUAUAAAGGAUGAAUUAACCGAAGAUUGGGAACGUGGUUUUUCCGAUCCACGAUAUGUUGUCAAUGUCUCAAAACGUGUACAAACUGAUCUCACUCAAGAAACAUUACAAACCAAUGAAGUUAACUUUGUCAGUCUUUCGGAUAAAUUGGAGGUAUUGAAGAAAGAGUUUUCAACGAAGGAAAGUAGCAUGUUGGAGCGUUUUCAAGAAAUUGAGAAAGAUUUACUGAUCAAAAGUUCUUUGGUUAGUUCGUUGGCAAAUCAGCUGGAGGAAGCGGAUCGGGAGGCAUCUCGAUUAUCCGAUUUGCAUCAAAAGGAGAGGGAAGUAUUCCAGGAGAAAUUAUAUGAACUGGGACAAAUCGCUGAAAAUGUACCAAUGUUGCAGUUCGAAAUUGAAAAACUUCAACAGGAGCGUAGUUUAAUGGAAUAUCAACUUAAAAAUGCAAAGGAAGAGUAUGAAGCUGGCCUGAAUACGGCAUUAUCAGAAUCGUUGAAAAAAUACCACAAACAAAGUAAUUAUUGGGCUGAGAAAUUAUCAGCUAUGAAUGCAAGCAAUGAAUUGCUUCGAAACGAGAACAUCGCUUUGAAGCGUUCAAUUGAAGACCUGAAACUGCGUACACAAAUACAGAAGGCUGAUAUGUCGAAAAGGCUUACAUCAAGUAUCAAUCAUGUAUCUCACCUCAAAAAACAGUUGAAUCGAAGUACACGUGAUGUUCAAGUGGAUGUACAUCCACGUGUUGUCAGUAAAUACGUUGCAUGUCGACCAAAUGCACGUCAUAAAAUGACUGACAUUGAGAAAGGUGAUCUGUUUGAUGAGGUAGAAGAAAGAUUGAAGCUUUGUCAAGGUGAAUUAUCUACCACUCGUCGGCAAGUUGCAGUGCUACAAAAGAAACUUGUCGAUAACGGGCAAACUCAGGGGGAAGAUCGUUCAUUACAUACAAAAUAUAGUCCAGUGAGAAUUCCGCCAACGGAUAAGAGAUUAUGCACUUCAAUGAUAACAAACGGUGAGGAAGAGGACAAGUUCAUGUUGAACAAUUUACGGGAUCAGGUUCAGGAACUGGAAAAACGAAAUCAUGAUUUGGCUGUACAGUUGCUUGCAAUUGAAACAGAAAAGGAAAAUUUGUUGGACAAUCAACGACAACAAAUCUCACAUCAUAUUUCAGAAUUCAAUAUUUUUCGCAAAGAAUUAGAUCAGGAAUUGGGACGUUGCGAGAAUGAAAGACAAAGGUUGAAAGCACGUGUUGCAGUUUUGGAGAAAGUAGAGAAAGACCGUGAUAAAUUACUUGAAUUUUUAAAAAGCAAAACAGAUUUAGGAGAAAAGUGCAACAGCCAUUCAUCUACACAAGCCAUAUUACAAAUUGGCCUUUCGCCUGUUCAUACCUCGAGGGAUUUGACUGCAUUCUCCGAUGAUCACAGGAAAACUCCAGUCGAUCGGAAAAUUCGCAUGAAAAGGUUGAUGUUUUAA